UAAAAAAAAUAAAUUUCCACGAAAAUUCUUCAACGUGCGCAAAAAUUCAAAUUUGACAUAAGAAUCGAACCAAAACAAAGUUUGACAGUGAAAAGAAAAAUAUUGCAAUGAAAACGCACGAAACGCGAGGAAAAACUCAAAAAAUGUUGGAAAAACUAUAAAAAAUCAAGAAAAAAAGUGAAAUCGUCAAUGAAUAAAAUACAAAAAAAUUUAUUAAAAUUUUUUUUUAGUUUGAUUUUUCAUUGAAAUUAUUAAAAAAUAGUUUUUCCCGAAUUUUCUCGCAAUAACAGUGAAAAUAAAAAAAAAGUGAAUUACUCUGGAAAUUCCAAUGCAUACAAUGAUUUACUCCAAAAUAAUUUGUUAACUACAAAAAAAUCACGAAAAAACGAAUUAAGAUUGAACCUUGAUAGUGACUUAUCAUACACAGAGUGAACUCUCGUCAAACAAUAAAAAAGCAGAGAAAAAAAUAAAUAAAUCACAAUGAUUGGAAAAUUAUUUCGAGCGCACGGCGAAUUUUGCGCCUCGCAUCCUUGGGAAGUAAUUUUAGCAUUAUUGACAUUGACCGCGUGCAUGUUGACGGUAGAGAAAGGCGCAACGGGCCCGGAUCAAUUACAUUACAAUGCGCAACAGCAGCAACAACAACAUUACGGACACAACAAAUUGAAUGGAUUUGAGGCCGCAGAUCUAAUUUUAAUGACAAUUGUUAGAUGUUCAGCUGUGCUGUACUCGCUGUACCAAUUUAAAAACAUACAAAAACUCGGAUCAAAAUGUAUUUUAGGAAUCGCUGGAUUAUUCACCGUAUUCUCGAGCUUCAUUUUUACCACGAGUGUUGUCAACUUUUUGGGGAGCGAAGUAUCGGAUUUGAAAGAUGCCGUCUUCUUCUUCCUACUACUCAUCGACUUAUCCAAGGCGGGCUUAUUAGCUCAAUUAGCGCUCAGUGGUUCAAGUCAAAGCGAAGUAACAAGCAACAUCGCCAAAGGAAUGGAAAUCUUGGGUCCCGCACUAACAUUAGAUACCGUUGUCGAAACUUUAGUAAUUGGCAUGGGAACUCUCUCGGGCGUUCAUCGUCUCGAACUUCUCUGUGGUUACGCCGUCAUGGGUGUCAUUGUCAAUUACAUCGUUUUCAUGACUUUUUAUCCCGCCAGCUUAUCCCUCAUCUUGGAUCUCACAACAAAAAGUUCGAAUAUCGCCCAAAACAUGAAAAUUAAGACAUUGCUGAUCGAGGAAGAGCAAAAACCGAAUCCCGUUGUGCAAAGUGUGAAGAUUAUAAUGUCAACGGGCUUGACGUUUGUGCAUAUCCAUAGUCGUUUUACGUUUUCGGACAAGGAUGUUGAGGCGUCGGACGUUACUUUGACGCAUCAGGAGCACAUCACGUUGAAUAAUAAAACGGAGCCGACUGAAUUAUCGGAUUAUAUUAUGGGACUUUUGACAAUUAGUGCGGAGCAAAUUGUCAUUUUGAUACUUUUGAUCGCAUUAUUGGUCAAAUUCAUCUUUUUCGAGGGCAGAGAAGAUUUGGCGAGACUCACAGCUGGCUUGAAUGAAGAAGUUAGACACGAGCAGGUAACAGUUUCGGUAUCAACUACUCAAAUUGCGCCAUUGGAAAGACAGGAAUCUGUCAAAAAAGUCAUUUUUACAUUGGAAGAGGGAGAAGAAAUGGUUGAAAAAGCUGUUCAAACCGAAAAAAUUACCGCUUUGGAAGAACUUGAACCUCUUGCGGAGAUUGAACACAAAGAACCUCGUCCCUUGGAGGAAUGUUUGGAAAUUUUAAACAGCGAAAGUGGUCCCGAAUCCCUCACAGACGAAGAAGUUAUUCAAGUUAUCAAGGCAGGAAGAGGUUAUUGCCCCCUUUACAAGGUCGAAUCUGUUCUCGGAGAUCCCGAACGCGGCGUAAAAAUCCGUCGAAGUGUUUUUUGUGAAGAAGCUUCCAUCAAACCGGAUGUCAUGUCGUGUCUCCCAUACAAACAUUACGAUUAUUCGCGUGUCAUGAACGCCUGUUGCGAAAAUGUCUUGGGCUACGUGCAAGUUCCCGUCGGAUAUGCAGGCCCCUUGAUGAUAGACGGCGAGAAAUUUUACGUUCCCAUGGCGACGACAGAAGGAGCUCUUGUCGCAAGUACAAAUCGCGGAUGCAAAGCCAUUUCCGUGCGUGGCGUAAAAUCAUUCGUGGAAGAUAUCGGCAUGACUCGAGCUCCAUGCGUGAAGUUUCCGAGUAUUUUGCGUGCCGCGCAGUGCAAACGAUGGAUCGAAUCGCACGAUAAUUACGAAAGAAUCAAAACGGCGUUCGAUUCGACUUCACGUUUUGCCAGAUUGCAAGAAAUUAUGAUCGGAAUGGAUGGUCCGCAACUUUAUAUUCGCUUCCGGGCGUUAACGGGCGACGCAAUGGGCAUGAAUAUGGUGUCAAAGGGUGCGGAAACGGCACUUCGAAUUAUCGCACGUGCUUUUCCUGACAUGGAAAUCAUCAGUUUGAGCGGGAAUUUUUGCUCAGAUAAGAAACCUGCUGCCAUUAAUUGGAUCAAGGGACGCGGAAAACGUGUUGUUUGUGAAGCAAUUGUUCCUGCUGACAAAUUACGAAGCAUUUUAAAGACAAAUGCAAAAACGCUCGUUCAAUGUAACAAAUUGAAAAAUAUGUCGGGAUCUGCGAUGGCUGGGAGUAUCGGAGGAAAUAACGCACAUGCUGCGAAUAUGGUAACCGCCAUUUUUAUUGCGACAGGACAAGAUCCCGCGCAAAAUGUCACAAGUAGUAAUUGUAGCACGCAUAUGGAGCCAUUCGGGGAUGACGGCGAAGAUUUGUACAUAACAUGCACGAUGCCUUCGUUGGAAGUUGGCACAGUUGGCGGAGGAACAGUUUUGCCCGGACAAAGCGCGUGUUUAGAUCUGCUUGGAAUUCGUGGCGCGCAUCCAACACAUCCAGCAGAGAACGCGAGACAACUUGCUCGGGUCAUUUGCGCGACAGUUAUGGCGGGAGAACUUAGUUUAAUGGCUGCCCUCGUCAACAGUGAUCUCGUUAAGAGUCAUAUGCGUCACAAUCGAUCAUCAAUUGCCGUUAACAGCGGAGCUCCCGGCAUCUCGGGACAAUCAUUGACGCCGUCGCAAGCGUCAGAACUCUUCCAAAAGGUUGCUCAACAACAUCAUCAAACAUCGUCAUCAUCAUCAACGACAACAAGUUCAAGUAUGCCAACGGUAAAUGUGACGCCCGCAACGCCCAACGUUUCGACAUCUUGAUGAUCUUCUACCUCAGUGUUAGUGCGUAAAAAUAAGCAGAUCCAAAAUCUGAUUAGAGACUAAAACAAAAAAAUAAUGUGCAAAAAAACGCUAUAAUUUGUGGUAGUUGUAAAAUUUGUAAAAAAAAAUAUUUCUUUCUUUUUUUCAUUUUAAUAUUUAUUCGUUGUAAAAAUUAAGAAUUAUUUUUUUUUUUGGUUGUUAAACAUUUAUUACAUCAAAAAGUUAAAUUUAAAAUGAAAUACUCUUCGUUAUAAAAAAAAAUAAAUAUUAAAAAAAUAUAUAUAUGAUUUGAAACAAAUUGAAGCCAGAUGAAAGAUAAUAAUUAGAUGUAGAGAAAAAAAAUA